GAUCGCGAUUGUGCAUGCUGAACUUGAUUUCCAGAGUUUUUUCUCAGAACUUUCGAGUCAGAUUCACCUCUUGCCACGUACCACUUCACAGAUAUUCGUUUUACCCCCGGUAUUGCAGUGCAAUGGCCACGCCAGCCGUAGAACCACCACCUCAACAGGAAGCAAAAAGAGAAAAGGCGCAGAAGAAAGGAAAAGCGGUUGCUGUGUCGGAAUACCCUUUGGAAUUGCAACCACCUCCGGAAUACUUCAGCCACCGGAUUCAAAUGUUCGAACAGUUGAAGGCGGAAUACGAUGAAGAAGUGAAAUGUAAUGAUCUGGAAUUUGAUUCACUCGAAGAUCUGACGAUGGGUGUUAGCCAAACCUCGUGAAGAAAUUACCAUAACUUUACCUGACGGAAAUGAGAAGAAGGGGUUGAGUUGGGAAACAAGUCCCAUGGAUGUCGCGAAGGAAAUUUCCAAGGGACUAUCUGAGAAGGUUGUUAUUGCCAAGGUCAACGGAGAAGUCUGGGAUCUCGAACGACCUUUGGAAGGAUCUUGCAAGCUGGAAUUGCUAGAUUUUGAGCACCCGGAAGGGAAACGCGUCUUCUGGCAUUCUUCCGCGCACGUACUAGGAGAAGCCGCUGAACGUCACUAUGGUUGUCAUCUGUGUCUAGGACCUCCGACAAACGACGGGUUCUUCUACGAAAUGGGCAUACAAGAGCGUCCUGUCGUUGAAGCUGAUUAUCCUGCAUUGGAGAAACUAUCAGAAUUGGCCAUCAGGGACAAGCAAAAGUUCGAGCGUCUUGUUGUCUCGAAGGAAAAUCUCAAGAAAAUGUUCGGGUACAACAAGUAUAAGCAAUACCUCAUUGAAAGCAAGAUUCCCGAUGGUACCUCUACUACUGUCUACCGUUGUGGUCCAAUGAUCGACCUUUGCGUUGGACCUCACAUACCACAUACGGGGAAGAUCAAAGCAUUCAUGGUCACCAAAAACUCCGCCUCUUAUUUCCUCGGUGAUGCGAAGAACGAAUCGUUACAAAGAAUCUACGGAAUAUCAUUCCCAGACAAGAAAAUGAUGGCUGCGCAUAAGGUGUGGCUUGCAGAGGCUGCGAAGCGUGAUCACCGAAAGAUUGGCCGGGAGCAAGACCUCUUCUUCUUCAACGACCUCAGUCCCGGAAGUUGCUUCUGGCUUCCUCAUGGCACCCGGAUAUAUAACAAUCUGAUUGAGCUCGUGCGCUCCGAGUAUUGGAAGCGAGAUUACCAGGAAGUCAUUUCUCCCAACAUGUAUCACUCCAAAGUGUGGGAAACCUCCGGUCAUUGGCAAAACUAUCAGGAAGACAUGUUCUCGCUCGACGUUGAGAAAGAAAAAUGGGCGCUCAAACCUAUGAACUGCCCCGGACACUGUCUCAUUUUCGACUCACGAGAUAGAAGUUACAAAGAGCUUCCCAUUCGGAUGGCUGAGUUUGGGAUUAUUCACCGAAAUGAGGCUUCGGGAGCGCUGACCGGCUUGACACGUGUACGGCGAUUUAUGCAGGACGACACGCAUAUCUUCUGCACUCCUUCCCAAAUAGAGGGCGAGAUUCACGCCCUCUUUGAUUUCAUGCAGCAUAUAUAUGGUCUUUUCGGGUUUGAGUUCCAUCUCGAACUUUCCACACGUCCCGAGAAGUUCUUGGGUGAGAUAAAGACUUGGGAUUAUGCUGAAGAGCAACUCAAGAAGGCACUGGAAGACCAAUACCCUGGUAAAUGGGAGCUCAACCCAGGGGAUGGUGCAUUCUAUGGUCCAAAGAUCGACAUUACCAUCCGAGAUGCGCUGAACCGGUCGUUCCAAUGUGCAACAAUCCAGCUCGACUUCCAACUUCCCGAACGCUUCAAACUCAAAUACCGGUCCGCCGAAGAAACAGGCAACGCCGAUCGGCCCCCAUCGCGCCCCGUGAUGAUUCAUCGUGCGAUUUUGGGUAGUCUGGAGAGGUUCAUCGCUAUUAUUACCGAGCAUUUCGGAGGCAAAUGGCCAUUCUGGUUGUCACCUCGUCAAGUUCUUGUUAUCCCUGUCGCUGCACCGUUCAAAGAGUACGCGUCCCAGAUAGCGGCUCGUCUAACUGGCCUGGGCAUGUAUGCCGAUGUGGAUGAUAGCGACAACACGCUUCCAAAGAAAAUUCGCAAUGGAGAGAUCGCACAAUACAAUUUCAUCUUAGUUGUGGGACAACAAGAGUUGGAGAAACAAUCGGUUAACAUCAGGAACAGAGAUGAUCCCAACUCGAAAUCUAGAGGCGAGGAUAUCAGUCUUGAUGCGGCUGUUGAGAUGUUCGUGAGGUUAAAGACAACGAAAGCGUUGCAUCAGGUUGAGAAGACGGUUUAGGGAUACGGUAGAUUAGAAUGCACCGCCCAGAGUUUGGGCAAAAUGGUUUAACUGCUGGGGUCACGCUUCAUAAUGUGGUGUGCCGACUGCCUGGAAAAUGACGAAGAUUGUACCAAUCUUCUUUUUCUUAUUUAUUACAGCAAUCGUUGUUGUGCAGCUGGCUCAUGUACAUGUCGUCUUCGCGACUCGCGAGUGGAGCCUGACUGAAAUCAACCCAUCCGUAUACGUAUCAACG